AUGAUAUACAGGGAAAAGCCACCAUUAUGUCAGCUACCACUAAAAUCGAAACGAAGAAACCAUAAAUGUGAUACCUGCGGUAAAAGUUUUGAAUCCUCAUCUGCUUUCAUAUGGCACCUGAUAUAUCCUAAAAGAAAACGACCAUUUUUAUGUGAUAUUUGUAAGAAAACUUUCAAACGUAAAUAUCACUUAAAUAGACACGUGAAGAAAGUACAUCGACAGAAACAAACGGCAUCUUCUUCCAAAAAAUGUAUAGAACAUGGCCAGGAAGUGCAAUCAGAUUUUUUUCAGACACCAUCAACAAGUUCUGCAGCAAGAGGAUUAAUUCAAUCUGAACAACUGGCUUCAGAAGAGAGUGUUUUCACACCGGGAGAAGCUGAAGAAUUUUUUAAAGGUUUUAACAUCAAUUUAGAUAUUAUGAAGUUAGAAACAUCAUCACAACUGGAGUUGUUCUCAGUGAUUGAAACGGAUAAAGAUAAACUCGAAUGUCAACAUUGUGGACAACAAUUUUCUGACGAAAUUUUUUUAAAAGAACACGAGAAACAAUUUCACCAAUCUAAUUAAUUUUGAACCUUUAACUUUAAAACAAUAUAAGUUAAAAAAUUCGUCAAAAAUUAUUAACUUUUUUCUACAUUGGUCUGCGACUGAUGAAAAUUAAACAUUAGUAAAACAAUAUUAGUUACAGCACAGUUAAAUGAAAAAACGUUGAAAAUUUCCAUAUUAAUUCAUUUAUUGUGGUAAUUAUUUCAUAAAAGUACAUUUGCAGAACGAUACUUUUGCUACGACACCAAAUUUAAAAAGUUAUUAUUUGAAAUUAAUUAAUAGCUUUAAUUGAAUAAAUUUACGUUUACAGAAUUGAAUGUGUGUCGCAGAUUUCUAACUUAUUUUAACAGUAAGUAGAAAUUUAUUUCUGAGUAAAGUGAAGAACGUAAACUCACAUCAGCUCAUUAGAUAACGCGAGAAUGAAACCACUCAAAAUAAGAAUAACUAAACUAAAGUAUCAACAACUUAACUAAAAUAAGAAACGAUUAUUAUGCUUCUUGUUCCACUAUUGUUAAUUACAUAUUGAGCACUAUGUUUAGUUUUUAUUAAGACUUGACAUAGUAUUGAGAACUUACUCAAGGGUGAAAUUUUAGAUGGGAGAAAUUGAAAUUCUUUACACUUCGGGUGACCAAACGAUUCAUUGAAUGUUUGUUAAUACAAGAUAUAUGGAUUUAAAAGAUAUGGAUUACAUAUCUGUAAUUUAGUGAAUGUAACAACAGAAGAAACUUGUCUUACUAAAAUGCAUACCGUAGUUACAAAUAAAUA